AUGAAUCCCAAACCGAUGCAACAGCAACAAUUAGCAGCGCAAUUAGCUAAUCAUCAUGGAUCGUCGCGACGAAACGAACCACCACCGAGUCCUGCACCAUCUACAACAUCGGAUUCGAGUAUAAGUUUGGGUGCUCAUUCACCACCACCGAGCAGAACGAAUUCGCUAACGUUAGGUAUCGGUGGUGGUGGUGGUGGUGGUCAUUCGCCUUCUCGUAGGAUCGGAGGAGGAUUGUUAGGUAUAGGAGGAAAUUCACCACCUCGUGGAAAUUCAUUAGCUCUCAGUCCGCAUUCGCCGAUAACUAGAAGUCAAUCGCCGCCGAAAGGACACUUUAUGGGUCUAAGAGCGAAUUCCCCAACCAGGGGAGCUCAUUUAGGAUUAUUAAAUUCUCAUUCACCACCGAUAGGAUUGACUAUCGGUCCUCCCAUUCCUAGAACUCACACCAUAACGUUAGGCCCUCAUUCUCCACCCAGGCCUAUUAGCUUGGGUAUACCCGCCCAUUCCCCUCCUUCGGGUUCAUCGUCUCAUACCAUAACUCAACCCUUACCUUUAACAUUACACAGACCCUUUUCACCACCCAGGCUCACGUGA